CCGUGGUUUCAGGAGAGAAACCCACCCUUUUACAACAACCAACAUGCAUGCAGAGAUGAGCUAGCUAGCUAUAUAAUUGAACGAAGCCAAGUCGUCCCAGACCAUCUCUCCCUCCCUCAAGGCCAUCGUCGAGCACAUUACACAGGAGUGGCCACGGUCGUCUACUACGCUUUCUACUUAGCUCACAUGGUUGAAGUAACGACACUGAUGAACUUGCUCAUGCACUCUCUUGAGAGCAAAAAUCUACAUUAAGAGAACCAACCUGCCGUUAGAUAUGAUGGAGUCGAGGUACGUCAAGGUGGAUUCGCGCUUCUUCCUCGUCGACGACAACUCCUCCUCCUCCUCCUCCUCCUGCGCCGCCGCCGGCGGCGGUGGCGGCGACGGCGAUUACCACUACCUCGACGCCUGCUUCCUCUGCAAGCGGGACAUCACCUUCAACCGCCACAUCUUCAUGUACAAGGGGAACGCGGCGUUCUGCAGCGACGACUGCAGGCAGGACCAGAUGGACAUGGACUCCGCGCUCGCCGCCGUCAAGCGCCGCCACCGCACGCUGCAACGCAGCAGGGACAUGUCGUCCUCCUCCUCGCCGGCGCCGGCUGCGGCACAGUGCGCCGCCAACGAGGCGGGCCUCUUCGCGGUGAUCCCCCGCCGCCCCACCGUCGCUGACCUCACCACCCACGCUGCUCCCGCCGUGUCUGGCACUGUGUGAUCGAUCGACGAGCGGUGGUUUGUCUCUGAAUGUUUUUGCCAUCUUCCAAGAUGGUUCAUCGUUGUGCUCAGCUGCUAUUAGCCCAUGUCAAGAAUCAAGAUGCAUGAGGUGAAGACGAUGAGGCCAUGCGAACACUAGUCUAUCUAUAUAUAGUAUAGUAGUAAUCUCCUGGUUAUGGAGAGAGAAAGGUGUUGAAAUUAAGAGAAAUCAAUCGAGAUCAUGAUGAUAUUAGAUUCCAAAUCGAGACAUGUAACAUAAGUGUUCAUGCUUUCUCCAUCAUGCUGGAGCCUGUACUAAGUUGAAGGAUCGAUCAUGCAUGUAGAAUUAACUAGUACUGGUACUGGUUUGGUUUGAGCUUGAUUUCAGCUAAUUAAUUAAGCCUUCUGCAAAAAUUUAUGAA